AUGGCCUCCUUGCUACUCACAGUCCUCUGGCUUGCCCAGUUGGCCGCCGCCUCCCUCACCAUCUCCAUUCCUCCCUCCACACUUCUACCUAAUCCCCAGGUGCUCCCCGCAACCACCCAUGCCACCCUCACCACCCUCUCUGCCGACAGUGACCACCGCUUGACGGCCUCUCUAACCCAUGCCUCGACCCUGGUCUUCCCCGAUCUCCCAACCGGCCAGCCCGCAUCAUACCUCCUGGAUAUCCGCUCCGGCGAGUACGUGUUCGCACCCUACCGCGUCGACGUCGCCGCCGACGGCACCGUGCUGGGCAUCUGGGAGACCUUCCGCGGCAAUGCGUGGGAUAACCGCGGCGCCGAGAAAUAUGUCGUCGAUGUGGCCAGCAAGAAAUCCGUCGAUGUGGUCGUCGAGGCCAAAGCCAUCGCGCGCAAGAGCUUCUAUGAGGAGCGUGCGAAGUUCUCACCACUGAGCCUCUUCAAGAACCCGAUGAUCUUGAUGGCUGUUGUCGCCCUGGGCCUGACCUUUGGAAUGCCCAAACUGAUGGAGAAUAGUACGUCCCCCCCCCCUGACAUUCUCUCUUGCUUAUUGAUUACCCAGCGACUAACACCCUUCUCAGUGGAUCCGGAGAUGCGUGCCGAAUUUGAGCAGCAGUCGCGGGCCUCACCUCUAUCCGGCGCGACAACCAACGCGAUGGCGGGUGGUGGAUUUGACCUUGCGGGCUGGAUGGCUGGCACCUCACCCAACGUGGCCAAGACUGAUCAAGCUCCAGGAGGCGCUACAGGGCGAGAGGCCGGUUCAGCCCGCCGGCGGGGUUAA